AUGAGGAAAAGUGAUAUAGAACUGAAGGAUGAUUGGAGCCUUGUGUUGCCAUCUGCUCCAACAAAUAGAUCUGCAAUACCUUUUUUAAUAGCAACUUCUAUUUUGGAGUUCAGAUUCACAGGAACCAAAGCGAUUGUCAAAUUAGAAAAAGUGAAAUGUAUCUCCAAUUUGACUUUGGAUCCCUUGUCUGCGGAAGAGAGUGUGCCCGUGAUGCUUCCUAUCUCGAUGGAAUUAGUGAUGGUUUUCACAUUGCUCAUGAAUAAACUAUUACCCAUUCUUACCCUCUUCGGUCUUGAAGCAGUUUUCGGUAAAUUGAUGGUCUCAGUGACCAAAUCUGAUAGAAUGUUUAUGUUUUCAACCAGCUGCUGCAAACUAGGAAGUUCAAAUUUAGAUGUUAUACUUUCAAGUUUGACCUUCACUUUUGUGGGCAACCAGGAUUCUUGA